AAUUACACUGCCCCAGGUAAACGGCUUUCUUUUACAUUCAAGUUUUAAAAGAUAUUGUAAUAAAAAAAGGUGUUUAUAAAGGUGUUAUAAAGCUUACGCUCUUUUGUUUUUAACCAUUCCUUAUAUAUAGUCUUAUAGUCUCAGCUACUCAAUGAAACAAUUAAUUAAUUGAAAAUCGUCAUUUAAGAGAUUGUUGGAAACAUCUUUCUGUAGUUUUGUGCCACUUUUUUUCCGACUGCAUCGUUAAGGUUCUGAAGGUGUUUUGUCUUUGUAGUUCCUUGCCAGAUUACAUGUUUGAAUCCAAUGACCGAAUGUGAACGAAGUCCUUAUGAAAAAUAUUGCGACCCGACGGGUGAGUUCCUCUCACACAACCAAUAACUGGGUGUUUUUUCAUUUCUUGCUUUUUUUUUUGCCGACGUCCAAUGGCACCAACUGUACAUCUUACUCAUGAACAGAUGUCCCUUCCUUUCAGAUCCCGUAAACAAGUACAGGAUGACAAUAAGAACCCGAAACUGUCAGAAUUGUGAUAAUCCAGUAAAGCAGCCCGAGAGUAACCUUUGGAUUAAUCCAAGUUUCUCAACUGAAGCGGGAGAGAUGCUCAACGCCGCCGAAGCUGUUGGAGUCGUGAAUGAAAUGGCCAAACUCGCCGCCUCCGUCAACGGGUCGGCUGCACUGAGCGCGGGAGAAGGAGUCACGGGAAUCCUGGUGAAACAAAAGGACCCCGCGGAGUUGGUGGAGAUGCUCUUCGGUUACACGUCGCCAAAUGACACCAUGAGUGUGGGUGUAUUACCUGUUGUUUUUAUGUCAAUGUGGUUCUCAGUUCAGUCCCCGGCGUAACGGCGCGAAUCGGGCGACCGCUUCACCUGCGCAUCGGAGGCAGGACCUGGUGAUGGUGAGGCCCGAGGAGGCCGGCUCCUCAAAGUCUCUCUCGUCCCCUCCACCCGUCCACGUCUGCGUCGUCCCUUUUGUUCGAAUCGAAAGCGGUUUCCUAAACACAAAGUCAUUCCCCUGGACGAUCAACCCGUGUUCACUUUAAAACGAAUGCAUUUUCCUUUUCUUAAAUCUUUCACGCAACGCUGUGUUUUUUCUUUUUUUUUUCCCCCUGCAGAUUUUGGAAGAAAGAAAUGCUCUCGGUCAAUUCUCCAGAUCCGUUCGACUGCCACAAGCAGCGUUUGAACAGGCGAAGGGUUCGAAUGUCACAGUGCCGUUCGGAGCCAUUUUACGAUUCUUAAACCUGGAUAUGGAUGAGCUGAACAGCACUAUUUUAGGCAAUGAGGUUUUAGCGAUUGAAAUCGGAGCCCCGAUCACCAAUCUCACAGACAAAAUAAGCAUUGAUUUCAGAAACAUGCAAUACAAAGGAAUUCCAUCUUGUCACUCUUGGAACGGUGAUGGAAAACGGCCGAACUGGACCCAGGACGGAUGUCUGACGAUACAAAAUGGGGACGACAUUACAUGCGAGUGCUCGCAUUUGACAUUUUUUGCCAUCUUAUUGGUUCCUCUCAAUGAGAGCAUAUCUAGUUCAGACCUGAACAACCUCACCACCAUCACCCGGGUUGGCUGCGGUGUGUCCAUGUUCUUCCUCAGCAUCGUCCUCUUCAUGCACUUCCUUUUCAGGAAGGCCAAUGCCAGCGUAUCCACGAUGAUUCUCAUCCACCUGGUGUCGGCCCUGUUCCUGCUCAACUUCACUUUCCUGAUCAACGACGUCGUGGCAUCCCUUGGGAGCCCCGUGGGUUGUAAGAUGAUGGCGGCUCUCAUGCACUACUUCAUGUUGGCCACUUUCACCUGGUUCGCUGCGCAAGCCUUCCACCUGUGCGUGCUGCUGUAUGCGCGGGGCCCGGUCGGAAGCCGCCGCUACCUGCUCAAAGUCUCCAUCGUCAGCUGGGUGCAGCCGAGUGCAAUCGUGAUCCUCAUGCUCAUCUUGGGGAAAUACGGCGAACGGGCCAUCUCUGCCAGUGACUCCGGGGACCAUGUGGCAUUCUGCUGGAUAACGGACAAUAACUGGCACUACAUUGUCAACAUAGGUUACUACGUGCUGGUCUUCAUCUUCACCUUCACCAUCUUCAUCAUCAUACUGUCCUACCUCUUUUGUCUCAAGAGAACGGCAAAACAAGGAGACGACGCAAAAACGAGCACAGAUAAAAAGAGUAUCACUGUCGUCCUGGGGCUGUGUUGCACGAUGGGGAUCACCUGGGGAUUCGCCUUCUUCGCCUACGGCCCCCUCCGGAUCCCCUCCUACUACAUUUUCACCAUCUUGAAUUCUUUCCAAGGUUUCUUCCUGUUCAUCUACUACCAUUACAACAGCGACCCCAGAAAGGUCACCAAGGCACAGGAAACCCCCAGCAGCCACAGCACUCUCCAAACCACCAUGUACAACAACGAGAACCCCUACGGCAACCUCACAUGGCAAAACCCUGCAGGCCAGACGGGGGCCUGAAGGGAGGAGUUGGUCAGCUUGAAGUGAAAGACUACAAG